UUUUUUAUUUUUUAUUUUAUUAUUUGUCGUAUGGACUAUUAAUCUUGUUCGUAGUUAAAUUUGUUGUAUUCUGCUCAAUUGUUUUAAUAUUUCUGAAUUUGUUGGUAUAUACUUGAUUUUAGCUAAUAUCUAAUCAGUGGUUAACGUAAUUAACUAAUUCUCAGCUCAGCUGCUGUUUAAUCAUGUUUUGCAAUAGAUUAGGGUUUUGUGGGAAUCUUGGCAGGGUUUAUUGUUCUGGUUGAUUUGAAUUAAUGGGUAAUUUUUUAUGUGUUAUGAUAACUUAUUUGGUUAAAAUCGUUUCAACGUUCAUUGGAUUCUUUAAGGGAAGUUGAUGUUCUUUUGCUUUUUGAAAUAGCUUUUGUUCGUCUCUUUCAGUUCUCAAGUGUCUCAAGGUUUUUUAAAGCUACUAAGCUAGGAGGUUUAGAUCUGUGGUUACUUUAGAUUGGCUUUUCUGGCUACUGAAUUGAUUUGCUGAUAUCUUUGUCAUAUGAGGUGAUUGCCAUUACUACUUUUGGAGUUCAUUAGGACAUAUGAUUUCUCAGAUGACAAUCAGCGAAUAAGUUGUUUAUAGAUGUUAAGCUAGCUUGAUUUUGGAUAUUGGAAAGAAUAGAUGGCAAAGAAGAAGAAUCCACUAGUUUUUAUGGAUGUUUCAAUUGAUGGUGAUCCUGCAGAAAGAAUGGUUUUUGAGCUGUUUGCUGAUGCUGCUCCUAUGACUGCAGAAAAUUUUAGAGCGCUUUGUACAGGGGAAAAAGGAAUUGGUCCAAAAACUGGGAGACCACUGCACUAUAAAGGGACCUUUUUUCAUCGCAUCAUAAAAGGGUCCAUGGCUGAGGGUGGUGAUUUUGUAAAACGAGAUGGGACUAGUGGUGAAAGCAUUUUUACAGGAAACUUUCCAGAUGAGUCACCCAGGCUAAAACAUGAUGGGCCUGGUCUCUUAUCUAUGUCUGUUGCUGACCGUGACUCAUUAGGAUCUCAUUUUAUCAUUACCUUUAAGGGUAAUCAUAAUUUUGACAGGAAAUAUGUAGUCUUUGGGGAGCUUGUGCAGGGGAAAGAGGUAUUGAAAAAAAUUGAAAAUUCUGGUGAUGAAGAAGGGAGGCCAAUUGUAACAGUGAAGAUAAUCAAUUGUGGAGAAUUUGCUGAUGAUAAAAAGAAAGGAAACAAAUUGAAGAUGGUGAAGGAUGCUUCCUUGGAUGAUAACAAUCAUCACGUGAGAAGGAAGGGAAAGUAUAAGAAAUCUUCUAGAGACAAGAGGAAGAAGCAGAGAAGGCACUAUUCCUCUGAUUCAGAGAGUUCCUCAGAUUCUGAGAUGGAAUCUUCUGACUCUGAUAGUGAUGCUGAUUCAUAUUUGUCCUCCUCAUCUGACAUUAGUUCUUCAAGUGAUGACAGGCGUAAAAAAAGAAAAAGGUCUUCUAAGCGAGACAAAAAUAGACGUGGAAAACGAAGAGAUAGACGCCAUGACAAGAAGCGAAAGAAGCGUGAUAAGAGAUCCAAGCCCAGAUCAAGAAGGUCAUCGGAUAGUAUUACAGAUACUGGAAGUGAUAGUGAAAGUGAUAGUAGCAGUGAAGAUCUUGAUGUUCAAGAUAAGGAUAACAAACAGAAAGACCCCACUCAGAAAGCUGGUGCUGCUUCCUUCCGGGAGAAAAAGAGGGAGGAUAACAUGUUUGAGAAGGAAAAUGGAGAUCAGCAGAGCCAUGGCGUUGGAGCAGGUGCUAAAUCUGAUGGAAGUACAGAGAGACAACCUGAUGUAGUAGAUGAUCACCCAGGCAAAUCUAGGAGUCGAAGCAUGAGUCCUAGGAAGACCAUGAGUAAGAGUAUGAGUAUUAGUCCCAAGAGGAGUCUUAGCAGGAGCCGUAGUAUUAGUCCUAAUCGUAGUAUGGGUAGGACUCCCAGUGUGAGUAGAAGCCCACCUCAGCAGAGGAGAAGUAUUAGCAGAAGCCCUCUUCGAAGCAGCAAUGGUAGGAGCUCAUCCAGAAGCAACAGUAGAAGCCCAUUGAGGAGCAGAAAAGAAAGGAGCAUCAGCGAGAGCCCUGUGAGAGCUCGGUCUCAGAGAAGCUUGAGUGGGAGCCCUGUGAGGGCCCUAUCCCAAAGAACUGAAAGCAGGAGCCCUCGGAGAACAUUAUUGCGGAAAUCAAUCAGCAAAAGCCCCUUAAGAGUUUUCAGAAGAAGCUUAAGCAGAAGCCCAAUUAGAUCUUCUCGGAGAAGCGUAAGCAGAAGUCCUAUUCGAUUUUCUCGGAAAAGUAUAAGUAGAAGCCCUGUUCGAUCAUCUCGUAGAAGCAUUAGCAGAAGCCCAGUUCGAUCUUCUCGGAGAAGCAUUAGCAGAAGCCCGGUUCGAUCUUCUCGGAGAAGCACAAGCAGAAGUCCAGUUCGAUCUUCUCGAAGAAGCAUAAGCAGAAGCCCAGUUCGACCUUCUCGAAGAAGCAUAAGCAGAAGCUCGGGCAGGGCUGCUUCUAGGAGAAGUAUUAGUCGCAGCCCAAUUAGGGGUCCAAGCAGGACUACUCGUCGCACUUACUCUAGAAGCCCUAGUCCUGUACGUAGGGCAAGGUCUCCUUCUGAUCGAAGAAGUUUGUCCAGGAGUGUUUCCCCUGAUGGGUCACCCAAGCGCAUCAGAAGGGGUCGGGGUUUCAGUCAGCGUUACUCGUAUGCUCGACGAUAUCGAACCCCUUCACCUGAUCGUUCUCCAGUCAAGUCUUAUCGUUAUGGUGGAAGGAGUGACCGUGACAGGUAUUCAAGCUACAGAAGGUACUCACCUAGGCGAUAUAGAAGUCCUCCCAGAGGAAGAACUCCACCCAGAUACAGACGCAGGAGAAGCCGUAGUCUACCUGCAUCACGUAGCCCUCGCUACCGAAGCCGUCGCUAUAGCCGUAGCCCCAUCAAGAGCCGUUCCCCAGUUGAGGUGUCUAGAUCUCAUUUGUCUCCACGGACUGAGAGGAGAAGGCCACCUUCUCAAAGUAGGAGUCUCUCAGAAUCACGGUCUUCAUUGGACUCCCAGUCACCCAAGCGCAAUAGCAAAGCAAGGUCAAGAUCUUCUUCUGAUAGCCCAGAUGGGAAGAAGGGGCUGGUCUCAUAUGAAGACGGUUCUCCAGAUUCAGGGCAGUGAAUUUAUUCAUCAAUGUCGAUACCAGUGAGCUAAUUACCUUUUGUCUUGGUGUUGAGGUGCCUUGUUACUUUUUGAAGUAAUUUGAUGUCUAAAUGCUGGUUAGGCAUAUAAUCCUUGGCAGCGUCGAAUUUUUAGCUGAUGGAAUAUGUAGUUUGGUUUAAAUUCACAUUUGGUGUGUGUUGUUAAGAAUAUACAUUCAUAUUUGAAUAAUGACAUUGUUGGUUUUAUGGACGGAAGAAAAUGAGAGAAUUAGUUUGGUCUGUGACAA